AUGAUUCUCUGUUCUAAUCUCGGUCGUCGAUCGACUAUCUGCAAAGUGCUGGGCACGCUUUUCAUUGCCCCGUACGUGGCCUAUUCUCAGGAUUGCGGCUACGACGGCGGCUACUCCCUCCGAUUUCCCGGUCCCUCAUGUCCAUUUGACUCUCCUCUUCAAUGUGGGGAUGGAGGAAUACAGAGCCGGUGUUGUCCAGCGAGCUUAUCAUGUGUAGGCAAUGAUAGCUACAGGGGAAACUAUUGCUGUUCGGGUCAGCUCCACGGAUUGCUCAUCAUUGGCAUACGAUUUCCCGAAGGUGAGCUGAGCGACAGUUCUAUCAACUACCCAGCGAAGCGCGGCGAUGAACGUUGGUUAACGACUCAGUGUCCCCGGUCAACGUGGAGUCUUUGGAUGACCAACGAGACUCACGAUUUCGGUGACAAACUGGAAACCGGUGCAUGGUGCUGCAAACCUGGCUUUAAGGGCGUAUACUGGAAUAACGGAUCGUUUGCUUCCUAUCAAUGCACCGCAACAACAAUCACCUCGCUCCAGCCGAGCUACUACUGGGCCGAACCACUCAGCACCGCGUCGUGCUCAGUGACUGCAACUGCUACUGCAACCCCCUCGGCUAUAGAAAAUGGACCGGGUUCACCAUCCGCAACCAAUUCAACCAGUGCCGGCGCUGAUGACCAGACGUCGGCUGGCAUGUCAGGAGGGGCGAUUGCCGGGGCGGUAGUUGGGAGUGUGACUGGCGUUGUUCUUUUGAUAGUGGCAGGGGUCUUCUUCAUGAUUAGGAAAAAAAGGAGAUCCAGGGUUGAGACAUCGCUAGCAAUAGUUCCUGAAGAGGGACACAAGCGGAUUGACGAACAUCGGCAUGAAAGCGGACGGGGGAGUAUAAACGAAAUCGCCACGGCAGAGCCCCGAAUGGAAAUGGAAGGAAACACGCCACUUUAUGAGCUGGAUGCUACUGAGGGUGGUACGUUUUUAGAAGUUCCAGUGUCACCUAUGAGCCCAGGGCAAGAAAAGUGCUGA